AGGAACGCAAGUUAAGCGAACGGAGUUAUGAAAAUUUGACUUUAUAAAAAUAGAGAAUUGUCUAAACAGUGAAGUUUAUGAAUAACUGUUAUAUACUCCAAUUCGAAUCCCUUAUGGUUGUAGUUACAUGAAAAGAUUUUUUUAAAGGCGUACAAUGAGCAUGAUAAGCUUGGUAUUUUUCUAAUUAUUAUUCAUGAACUUAAAGCUUUAUGAUGACUGAGUUCAAGCCUCGGUUUCUAAAACCUUCAAAUACAACUAGUUUUCUGGAUAAAGAUGAAUCAGUUUCUAUAGAAACUACAGAUUUUAUUUAUAACAAACAUUUGUCGCAAUCUAUUCAGACGCAAAGACAACGUUUACCAAUUUUUAAUAAUAGGAAUCACAUACUGUAUCUUGUGGAGAAAUACCAGACAUUGGUUCUUAUUGGAGAAACAGGUUGUGGCAAGAGUACACAAAUUCCACAGUAUCUAAUUGAAGCAGAAUGGCCAAAACAAAUCGGCGUGUGCGAACCGAGAAGGGUGGCUGCUAUAUCUUUGGCAAACAGAGUAGCCGACGAAACAGGCACUCUAGUUCAACAAGAUAUCGUUGGAUAUGCCGUUAGAUUCGAUGCUUGCUACAACAAUCCAAAAAUUAAGUAUAUGACUGAAGGUAUACUCUUAAGAGAAAUGAUGGCAGAUCCACUUCUGAAAAAUUAUUCCCUUAUAAUGUUAGACGAAGCUCACGAGAGGUCGCUUUAUACUGAUAUCUUAAUGGGAUUAAUGAAAAAGAUUUUGAAGAAACGGAAAGAACUUCGACUAAUUGUAGCUUCCGCUACAUUGGAUGCAAACGAAUUACAGCAGUUUUUUAAUGAAAACCCUACUGGCAAUAAGAAAAACGACACCGCAGUUAUAAUGUCAGUGGAAGGAAGACAAUUUCCUGUUGAUAUAUUUUACGUAGCUGAACCAGUGCCAUGCUAUAUUCAAGCCUCUGUAGACACUGUUCUAAAAAUAAACUCGUCGAAAGAACCAGGAGAUAUAUUGGUAUUCCUAACCGGACAAGAAGAAGUGGAACGAACAGUAAGACUACUAAAUGAACACGAAAAUUUAAUCGAACAAUCAAGAAAAAAGGAACGGAUGAUGAUUUUGCCUAUGUACGGAUCAUUACCUCAUCACGAUCAACUAAAAGUUUUUAGACCAGCACCGGAUGGUUGUAGAAAAGUUAUUGUCGCCACUAAUGUUGCCGAAACAUCGGUUACUAUACCCGGAAUUGUACACGUCGUUGAUUGUGGAUUCGUUAAAUUGAAAUGGUAUAACAAUGAAGCACACACUGACAGCUUAAUAACUGUUCCUAUUAGUAAAUCUUCAGCAAAUCAAAGAGCUGGAAGAGCAGGACGAGUAAGAUCAGGAAAAGUUUAUAGACUAUAUACUGAAGACUAUGCGGUAAAGUUGGCUGAUAACACCCCACCUGAAAUGGUACGAAGUAAUUUAACGUACCCAGUGCUUCAAAUAAAAGCUUUGGGAAUAGCCAAUAUACUCAAAUUUAAUUUUCCCAGUCCGCCUCCUCUAGAAAAUUUGAAAGGCGCUUUGGAAAUUUUGUAUGCGCUCGAUUCUAUUGAUAUUGACGGGGAACUGACGAAACCUUUAGGCUACAACAUGGCUGAAUUUGCUUUGGAUCCUUUAUAUUCGAAGGUUUUAUUAAGUUCAGGCGAAUUCGGUUGUUCCGAAGAAAUCCUUACAAUAAUAGCAAUGCUUCAAGUUGAAACAGUGUUUACAAAACCUACCACUGGAAAUUCUGUAAUAAAAGCGAGAAUACAAAAAAGACUUUUCGAAGUAGAAGAAGGCGAUCUUAUAACAUAUUUAAAUGUAUAUAACGGUUUUAUCCAAAGUGAGAUGUCACAAGGGUUCUGUCACAAGAAUUUUCUAAGUUACAAAAGUUUGAAAAGAGUUGUCGAAAUAAGAAAUAGAUUGGAGAAAAUGAUAAGAAGUUAUGGCAUUCCUAUUGAAUCGUGUCUAAGAUCUACAGAAACAAUAAGAAAAUGUUUGGUUAAAGGUUUGUUUCCUAAUGCUGCAUAUCUUCAUUACAGUGGCGUUUAUAAAACUAUAAGAGGAGAUAUUGAAUUAUUCGUCCACCCAGAUAGCGUUCUAUACACAAUUUCACAACCACAAUGGGUUCUCUUCUGUCAAGUUGUGCACACAACCAAGCUAUUUAUGAGAGAUAUAACUGUAAUUGAAAGUGAUUGGCUAUUAGAAUUGGCACCGCACUUUUAUUAUAAAACAACUUUUUAUGAAUAAAAUGUUCCAUACACAUAUAAAAAAUAUAUUUUGAAAGUGU